CGUUGGUCCAUCAGCCGGACCAACAAGUUCGUGAAAAUGAGUCGUUGCUCUUUAUUGUCAACGUCCUUUGUCAUUGUCAUCACUCUGCUGUCCCUUUCGAAUAUGAACUGCCAAGCUCGGCCCAACAGCCCAUCGAAUGGCGGCCAAUCCGAUUUGGAAUUGUUGAUCCAUGAGGUAAAACUGCUCCGGAACGACCUUCGGAAUCUCAAAACUCACGUCGAGGAUAUUGGUAACCGUCUACCUGGGGUGGAUCUUUCAAUGGUCAACAAGACCGAUUUGGCCAAUGAUAUUUGGGCAGUUCUCAACCGCCAUCUCGGAUCGAACAAACAGGACAUUGAACAACCAUCCGAAUGUCUACUGGGAUCGAUCUUGUCAUUGGCCGUUUCAGGCCACGAUUCGUGGGACGGUGUGACGCGAAAAUUCGGCAAGAAGAACAAGAACUUCACGCCGGCCUCACCUUCGAAAUUGGGCAAAUACAAGACGGCCGCCAUUAGUUCGGACAGCACUCCGUGCUCCGAAAUUGGAAAGGAUGUGAUGGCUGAAGGUGGUAACGCUAUGGAUGCCGCUAUCGCCGCCCUCUUUUGUAACGGCGUCGUCAACCCGCAAAGCGCCGGAAUGGGCGGAGGAUUCCACAUGACCGUCUACGACACUGCCACCAAAACGGCCAAGUGUCUCGACGCUCGCGAGACGGCCCCAAUGGCCGCCACUGAAGGCAUGUACAGCAGUAACGCCUUCCUGUCUCAAAUAGGUGGUUUAGCCGUGGCCGUGCCUGGAGAAUUGGCCGGUUAUUGGGACGCUCAUCAGACGUACGGCCGAUUGCCCUGGUCUCGUUUAGUCCAGCCGGCCAUCAAAUUGGCUGAGAACGGAAUCGAAGUCAACACUCACCUGGCCAUGGUUUUGAAAUUGAAAGCUGCUUCCAUCAAAGCAGAGCCUUCCAUGUGGAUAUUUCUGAAUGAAACGACGGGCGAUGUCCUCCAGGCUGGAGACACGUUAAAGAUGCACGGCCUGGCCAAGACAUUAAAAGAAAUUGCUGAACACGGUGUCGAUGUGUUCUAUAAAGGCACCAUCGGCAUCAAAGUGGUAGAAGACAUCCAACGAAGAGGAGGAAUCAUCACCAAAGACGACCUCCUCCAUUAUCGGACGGAAUGGAUGGAGCCAAUCGCCAUUGAUCUCAGCGAUAAUUUGACGUUGUACUCAAUGCCAUCACCCGGUUCCGGCAUCUUGGUCGCUUACAUAAUGAACAUGCUCGACGAUCGUUUACCGCUGCAACGAGAUGUGCCACGGUCACUGGACCCGCUGACGUAUCACCGCAUAACCGAAGCCUUCAAGCAUGCAUUUGCUCAGCGAACCAAAUUAGGUGAUCCGAGAUUCGUGCCUGAAGUCUAUCAAUUGAGUGAAACGCUCGCGUCAAAGAGAUUCGCUGAUGAAACGUUCGAGAAAAUUAACGAUUCCUUCACUUCCAACGACCCGGCUUUCUACGGCGCCGUUAUUCACAGCCCGGACAGUAAAGGGACGUCGCAUAUUUCAGUUCUAGACCGAGACGGAUUGGCCGUCUCGGUCACGACAACCGUCAACACCUAUUUUGGCGCUGGAUUCAUCUCGGAGCAGACGGGCAUCAUCAUGAACAGCGAGAUGGACGAUUUCUCAUCGCCCAACACGACCAAUUUUUUCGGAGUGCCGCCCAGUCCGGCCAAUUUUAUCAAACCGGGCAAGAGGCCUCUGUCGUCCAUGACGCCCACCAUCAUCGUCGAUUCCGACGGCAAAGUCCGUUCGGUUGUCGGGGCGGCCGGCGGCACCCGAAUAACAACAUCCGUUGUAUACACGUUGAUUCGCAACUUGUGGUUGGGCGAUAACAUCAAGGAAGCGAUCGAUAGUUAUCGCAUCCAUCAUCAAUUGAUGCCAAUGGACUUCCAAUAUGAAGCGGGUUUCCCCAAGACUAUUGUCGACGGUUUGAAAAAGAGAGGCCAUAACGUGACGGAGCGUGUCCUUCGCUCGGCUGUUUACGCAAUUUCCGUCGAAUCGGAUGGCGUCAUUUACGCGAACGCCGAUUAUCGCAAAGGCGGGGACGUUGCAGGACUCGACCCCAUUAUCGAUGACAUUUUCUAAACCCUUUAUUUUUUUUUUGUUUUGUAAUUUAUGAUCCUUUUGUGUUUAGUUUCUGACGUCAGUAAAACUCCCCCACCCCCCGUUUGUAAAAACUCACGCAGCCGGCGAACAAUAAUGAAAACAUUUUCGGGAUUGGGAGAAAAGGGCCCAGUCAACUAAUAAAUCGUGUAGAAUACAAA